UGCGGCACAAGAGAGUGUGAGAGAGUGAGAGAGACAGACAGACAGAGAGAGAGAGAGAGAGAGGGCGAGAAAGAGAUCGAAGGAGAGAGAAAGGGAGAGGGAAAGCCGACAACUGUCUUACACUGUAUUUUUUGCUUCAGGGUUCCAAGAAACAAACAAGAACACAAAAACGUUUGUAAUAUACUCCGAAAGAGAAAAAGUGAGAGAGCACGCUGAGAAGCGUUUUAUUACUUUUCUGCCAGGCUGAACAGUUAUUCCGAGGUACCGAGUCCUAUGUGGAGAUUUCUUUACCUCCUUUCUGCUUUAGGAAAAUUUCACAAGUGUACCUAUGAAUACCGUUCUCUCCUAGGGAUCGCCUAUAUAUUUCAGCGCAGGAGACACUGGAGACAGCGGAUUACAAUGUUCAGGAUUUUUGAGGUUUUGGCCACUUUAGUGGUUGUCUCCUUCAUGGUUGAAAAGGUUCGUUGCGGUUAUGGGAUGAGCAUGUUCGCAGCUCAGACGUCUCCGCCGGAUCCGUGCUACGACGAGAAUGGCAACCCCAGGAGAUGCAUCCCCGAUUUCGUGAACUCGGCGUUCGGGAAGGAAGUGCGCGUUUCCAGCACCUGUGGAAAACCGCCCGCUAGGUACUGCGUAGUGACGGAAAAGGGAGACGAGAGGAACAGGAACUGUCACAUUUGCGAUGCCGGUGACCCUAAGAAGCAUCACCCACCGGCAUAUUUGACAGAUCUUAACAACCCUCAUAACCUCACUUGUUGGCAGUCGGAAAACUACAUCCAGUACCCGCAAAAUGUCACGUUGACACUGUCCCUGGGUAAAAAAUUUGAAGUGACUUACGUGAGCUUGCAGUUUUGCUCCCCGCGACCCGAAUCUAUGGCGAUAUUUAAGUCAAUGGACUACGGAAAAACCUGGGUCCCUUUCCAGUUCUAUUCUACGCAGUGCAGGAAAAUGUAUAAUAAACAAAACAAGGCAGCUAUCACCAAGCAGAACGAACAAGAAGCCAUCUGCACAGACUCUCACACGGAUAUGCAUCCACUCUCCGGGGGUCUUAUUGCGUUCAGCACCUUGGAUGGUAGACCCUCGGCACAUGACUUUGAUAACUCGCCUGUGCUUCAGGACUGGGUCACCGCUACCGAUAUCAAAGUGACAUUCAGCCGACUGCACACGUUUGGGGACGAGAACGAGGACGAUUCGGAGCUCGCGCGGGACUCCUAUUUCUACGCGGUCUCGGACUUGCAGGUUGGCGGUCGCUGCAAGUGCAAUGGCCACGCGUCGAGGUGCGUAAAAGACCGGGAAGGAAACCUUGUUUGCGAAUGCAAGCACAACACUGCGGGCCCGGAGUGUGACAGAUGUAAACCGUUUCACUACGAUCGACCUUGGCAGCGCGCUACAGCCCGAGAAGCCAACGAGUGUGUCGCCUGCAACUGCAACCUGCAUGCUCGCCGCUGCCGCUUCAACAUGGAGCUGUACAAGCUGUCCGGGCGGCGCAGUGGCGGCGUCUGCCUCAACUGCCGGCACAACACUGCGGGGCGGCACUGCCACUACUGCAAGGAGGGUCACUACCGGGACCUGGCCAAGCCCAUCUCACACCGCAAGGCCUGCAAGGCGUGCGAAUGCCAUCCUGUGGGAGCCGCCGGCAAAACCUGCAACCAGACGACGGGUCAGUGCCCCUGCAAAGACGGCGUGACGGGCACCACGUGCAACCGCUGCGCUAAGGGCUACCAGCAGAGCCGCUCCCCCAUCGCCCCCUGCAUCAAGAUUCCUGUGGCACCUCCCACGACGACUGCGAGCAGCACGGAUGAGCCCACAGAUUGUGAUUCCUACUGCAAGGCGUCCAAAGGAAAGCUGAAGAUCAGCAUGAAGAAGUACUGCAAGAAAGAUCACGCUCUCCAAGUGCACAUCCUGAAGGCAGACAAGGCUGGCGAGUGGUGGAAGUUCACGGUGAACGUCAUUUCCGUCUACAAGCAAGGGCAAAGUCGCAUCCGACGCGGGGACCAGCUCCUCUGGGUGAGGGCCAAGGAUGUGGCCUGCAAGUGUCCCAAGAUCAAGCCUGGAAAGAAGUACCUGCUGCUAGGGAACAAUGACUCGUCCCCAGACCCGAGCGGGGUGGUGGCAGACAAGGCCAGCCUGGUGAUCCAGUGGCGGGACAUGUGGGCCCGGCGACUGAGAAAGUUCCAGCAGCGUGAGAAGAAGGGCAAAUGCAAGAAGGCCUAG